CUGUUCAAUGAGGCAGAUUUGAAGGCGUCCUGUAAGGCCUCAGCACCAGGCAGCCCAAAAGGCCUCUCAGACACCUGGGCUGACACUCACUGAGGAACACCGCUCCAAAAAUGCUGCUCCGACCUCUGCUCCCGCUCUGUAUGAGGGGUCUCUGCCAUGCUGGGACCCCCAGGGGUAUGCACAAGCUGGCCAGCACUACAAAGCCAGCUCUGGACAUCUCGGGCAUCUACCCUCCUAUAUCUACCCCCUUCAAUGACCGGGAACAGGUGGACUAUGAGAAGCUGGGGGAGAACCUUCAGAAGUACUCAAGCAUCCCGUUCAGAGGCAUUGUUGUUCAAGGGUCAAGUGGAGAAUACGCUUACUUGAGCAGAGAGGAGAGACUGGAGGUCGUACACAGAGUCCGGCAGAAGCUCCCUAAGGAGAAGAUACUUAUUGCAGGAUCAGGAUGUGAAUCUACGCAGGCCACUAUAGACAUGAGCCGUCAGAUGGGGGAGGCCGGGGCAGAAGCCGUUCUAGUUGUGACGCCAUGCUACUAUCGAGGCAGAAUGACCAGCUCCGCUCUGAUACAUCAUUACACUAAGGUUGCAGACUCCUCUCCUGUGCCUGUUAUCCUAUACAGUGUGCCCGGGAACACGGGGCUGGACCUGCCUGUGGAUGCUGUUGUUGCUUUGGCCGAACACCCGAACAUAAUAGGGAUCAAGGAUAGUGGCGGAGAUGUCACACGUAUGGGACUGAUUGUUCACAAAACUCAGCAUUUGGGCUUCCAGGUGUUAUCGGGAUCUGCAGGCUUCCUCCUGGCUGGAUAUGCAAUUGGUGCUGUCGGAGGGAUUUGUGCUCUUGCUAACAUCCUUGGUACCCAACUCUGUGAACUGGAGCGACUGUGCGCCAGUGGGCAGUGGCAGGAGGCGAGAAAGCUCCAGUAUCGAUUGGUGGAGCCAAAUGCUGCGGUAACGCGUAUGUUUGGGAUCCCAGGCUUGAAGCAGGCCAUGGAGUGGUUUGGAUAUCAUGGAGGCAAUUGCCGUUCACCCCUCAUACCCCUGACUGAGCAGGAGCAGAAGGACCUGAGGAAGAUCUUCACUGAUAAUGAAUGGCUUUAGUCAGACCAUAAAACACAAGAACAUCACAGAAACUUUACUGUGAAACGCACAGUAAAUCAAGCGCUAGUAAAAAAUAAAACUAUAA